GUGGUAACCUCGAGCGGAGGUCGGGAAGGGCGUGGUCCACCUCACGAAUAUAAGGAGGACGCCACGCCUCCUCCAGUCAGUCUACCCCAGGCAUCUCAACCGCACGCGUCCGUCAUGAAGGAUCUGGUGCUGGUGCUGCUGUUGGUGUGGUGUGCGUGCUGGUGUCAGCCCACCACCGUGGUCAGCUUCAGCCCAGUGGGAUAUUCCCCGGGUGUUGCCCCAGGGUUUGCCUACGCCUUCCGUGCCCCAGCUCCUCUCUACUCUCCUGCCGCCACCCCUACGGGCCGCUCACUGUUGUCGAGAGCUUUCUCCAACUCCAUAGGUGCCCCUGCCCCAGUGCCCACAAUAAUCAAGACGCAGUACCACAGUCAGGACGAGCUGGGCCAGUACGCCUUCGGUUAUGUGGGAGAUGCGUCCACCGCCCACGAGGUGCGCACCAUGGACGGCGCUGUGAGGGGCUCCUACACCUACGUGGACAGUGACGGGGAGCUGCAGACAGCUAACUACGUGGCGGACCGUAAUGGUUUCCGUGUGGAGGCUUCCAACCUGCCCCAGGUACCCGUUGCUCCCACUGUUGCUGUGGUCCCCCUCCCGGAGCCCGUUAAGCACACUCCCGAGGUAGAGGCAGCCACUGCCGCCCACUUGCGGGCUUUUGCCGAGGUCAAGGCCGCCCGCGCUAAGCGUGCCAUCCCUUCCACCAGUUACCUCCCCCCUCCUCCUCCUCCCGUCCACCUGUCCUCCGGUGAGCCCGUCGAGGAGGAGCCCCGCCAUGUUCCUGCCCUCACCAACGUGCUGGUCCCUCCAACCUACACCGUCAAGGCCUCGGGUCCUCCUGUGCCAGUGGCCAUAUCUACCCCUGCAGUCCACCACCCACACCCUCUCCCCACACCAUCCGCCCCAGUCUUCAUCCCGCCCCCUUCCCUGCCAGCUCCCAGCCACAUCGCCAACACUCACGCCGUUUUCAUAAAGGCUGACCCACAAGAUCUGCACCAUGUUGCCCGGGUGCCUCUCCCUACAUCACUGGCAGCAGCCCUCGCCUCUCCCGGCCCCGUGGUGGCUCCUCAAGUACUGACUCAGUUCCACUCUCAGAACGAGCUGGGAGGGUUCGAGUACGGGUACGGGGGCGGCCCCUCCAGUAAACACGAGAUUCACACCCCAGACGGCGUCACCCGGGGCUCCUACUCCUACAUCGACGCCAACGGGGCGCUGCAGACGGUGAGCUACGUGGCCGACGAUGUUUACGGCUUCAGGGUGUUGGCCUCCAACCUACCCGAGGCUCCCGCUGACCCCUAUCAAUAGUGGCUGGUGCCCCGAGGGUGUGGCUGACCACACAGUCGCCCUCUGUAAUGAUUGAAUUGUACGGGUGUCUCAUGCUCUUCCGGGCGACGCCCUGGCCUGUCUUCUGAGAGCCCCAUGAGAGCCCUUACAGCUGCCCCAGGAGAGCCCUUACAGCUGCCCCAUGAGAGCCCUUACAGCUGCCCCAUGAGAGCCCUUACAGCUGUCAGAGGACGAGAGAGACAGGCCGCCAUGGUUCCUGGAUGUAGUCAUUUCUUAACUUUAUUUAUUGUAGUGUUAGUGGGUGAUCCUCUGACCACCACACCUGAAGACGGAGACAUAAACACGUCUUGAUGGACGGUAAAGGUGUAACAGUGUUUGGUGACGAUUAUCUUAAUCUCACAAUACAAGACAGGUUCAGCCUCAGCGUGUGGCCAGAGUGUUUGAAGUUCACACACACACGUCAGCAUCUUGCGUCACCUCUUCCCACUGAGGACUUUUGUAAAAAAAAUAAAUAAAUAUACAAAUUAUAUUUUUCACAAUUUUAUUUUGAAUAAAUUUACACGAAAAGUGAA